GAAAUGUCCCUUUUCCUCUAUGGAACUACCAUGGUUCAAAUAUUUGUCAUGUAUGCAGAUUUUGAAAAAUGGCAUCUUCCUCUAACAUUAGCAGCAUAAGAUUACAACCGAGGGUGUGCAAUUGUGGAAGAACCGCUGCCAUACGUAUUGUAAAAACCAAUGAGAAUGGAAAUGAAGGGCGUUUGUUCUUUGUUUGCCCAUCAAGAUAUAGUAAGACUCCCACUCCCCAUUGCAAUUACUUCAAGUUCGUGGAUGAAGAUGAUGAAGACGUUACGUCCAUAAUCCGUACGAACUAUACAGCUUGUGAUGGUAUAACAGUACAAGACUUUAACGAUGUAAGGACGAGGCUUCAUUACAUGGAAACGAACUAUGGCCGAAGGCUUCAAAGGAUGGAAAGGAAUAUCAAAGCGAUGGUGUACUUCAUUGUAUUUGCUACCAUUUUCUACUUUAUGAUGUAACUUGGAAGUUUGUAGCAUUUUGGCUUGUA